ACCUGCCAGCCAUCCUGAAGCGGUUCGUCCAACCCUCCAUCACACGCUACACUUCUGCUCGGUCUAGCUUCGUAAUGGCGACCUCAAGCACUGCUGCCGCACCAGCUUCCUCGGGCGGUAAGAGGGUGCCCAAGCCCAUCUCCGCACCUCGAAUAGGCGAUGUGUGGAUCUCACCUCCUCCUUCUCCUGCCGGGCAGGAAGAGCACUCGCAUCGACAAGGCAGCGUGCUCCCUUUUGAACAGAUCAACGAGGCUAAUGCCGCUGCUGCUAGAGCUCAGGCAGAGCUGGACAACAGUGCUAGGACGGCUUUGUCGCAGCGAGCAGCAGGGGGGGCAGGAGGAGGCGUAAUCCUGCGCAUCAAACGCAAGAGAGGUCAAGAGCCCGUGGAUUCGCUUCAGAUUGGACGCUUGCUGGAUGAUGUGGAAGGGGAUGAGGUGCUGGAUGCAUCUGAGCAAGUGCAUGGUGCGGACGGGGAUGGGCAUCAAGGGCAAGGCAGGUCGAGGAAGAGACUGAGCAUCAUGAGAGGAGUGCAAGGGCAUGACAAGUUGCACGCUGGAUCGGAAGAACAGAGCGGACUCAAGAGAACAUUCUCUAAUAGCGCUUCUGCUUCUACGCUGCCUACACGAAUAAUGCAAAGUGGCAAGCGAUCCCAGAUGUUCAGACUAGCCGAGACGGUGGACUUGCAACAUUUUUCCGAUCCCGCACUGGCCAACGACCUGUCUCGCCGUCUGGCCAACUUUUCUCCUCGAGCAUCCUCCCCGACACCGCAGCAGAGCACCAUCGAUGCAUCCGGAAGCGCAUCUAGUUCAGCAUCCCCAGCUCCUCGAGCUACAGCAUUCAUCUCCACCAAGUCUACCUCAAAACCCCCCACGGGCUCGCCUUUGCGCUUCCAGGUCAUACGCAACGAAGCAGAGGCUUUAAGACGAGGUAGUAAGCGUGCGCAUGCAGAGGCCAUCUCCCCUGAUCAGAGCCCCUCAAUGUCGAAGAUCACUGCGCAAAAAGGCCGGAACAAUCUCUCGGAGGAUGGUGCGGACAUGUCCGUCGAAGAUGUUGCCUCGUCUGCGCAAGCGUCGAAUUCGGUUCCUAGAAGCUCCAGCAGACAAAGUCUGAGGAGCAGGACAAGAGGGCCGGGUCAGCUUCCUGCUCUGCGCAGAAUGCGUAUCAUUGAUGCGAUCGCGAUUGACAGCCAGAGUUCCAGUCUCACGCGCAAACAGCGUCGAGAAAAGAGGCGCGCCAAGCAGGCGAGCGGAUUGCAUGCCCCAAGACAGUUGCGAGGCAAGAGCAGGUCGGGAACGGUCCAGGAAGCGCGGGAGAGCGACGAUGUGGAUGCGGAUAUGGAUGCGCUGGACCGGAAAUUCGCUGGUCUGCUCGGAGAUUAUUUGAAAGAAACACACCUGGAACCGCCUUCAGAUCUUGAGUCCAGCAUCUCUCGUCUUACACAUUCGGAAGGUGUAUCGAGCAGGCCCAGCGAGAAGUCUGGACGAUCCAACUCGGCUAGCGGUGCAGAGGACUCUCCAAGCGACAUCGAUUCGGAUGAGGAUGACUACGUUUACGAUGUGUACUACAGGGAAUCGGCCAGCAUGAGCGGGAGCGAGCGAUGGGCUGAUUUGAGCAACGCGGGCGAUGGGAACAGCCGAGCAGGACUGAGUCCUGCGCCCGUUGCUGGUCACGCUUCGGCCCCGGCGCCGAUCGUCACUGGGCAGUCUGCUCAGCCGGAGAUGCAGCACCUGUUCAAGCAAAGUGAUAGGAGUCAGGUGGCUACGCUGGAAGGGCUGAGAGCGGAAGAUCUGAUGGAGUGGCCCGACGAUGAGGAAGAGUAUGAUCUGAUCGACGUCAAGACGGGCGGACCGGAUAGUGCGGACGAGUGGGACGAGGGAGAGGAUGAGGAUAGCAAUGAUGAGGGAUUUUAUCGAAAUGAUUAUCCAGAUAGAGACGUCAAUUCGGAAGAUGAGAUGGCAUGGGAUCAGGAGGAAGAUGAUGAUGAUGAUGACGAUGAUGAUUACUGACUGCGCAAGCGGUAAAAUCGUUGUGCUCUUCAAAGCCCCUCGAAGCUAUCGCCCGCUUUCCGACACGAUUAACCGGCAUUGUGCUGCUCUGUCGAAAUGUCAGACCGUACCAUCACGAUAACCAGAGUAAAAUCAUAAACGCGGGCAAACCCAGCUAGCUGCGCUAGUAGUACG